UGGGUGGCUGAUGGGUCUCCCACACAUUCUACUUCAACACCAGUCAAAUUGGAAUCUGCACUCCAGUUUGUUCCAGCCAAUACCAACCCCAAGGAAUUCAAGACUGUUCAGAAAAUGAUAAAGGAAAACCGACGCAUUGGUAACAUCAGUGCAGGCCCCACAUCACACCUUUUGGAGGGGGUCACAUGGGAUGAGGCACGACGCAUGCAGGAUGCUAGCAUGUCGGCAGCAACUGACCAUGUUAUUUUGGUUGGGGCUGCCUCCAAGGGAAUUAUUCAGAGGGAUUUCCAGCAUAAUGCAGUUGUGUAUAAAACUCCUUAUGCUAAGAAUCCCUUUGAUGCUGUCACUGAUCAGGAAUUAGAAGAAUAUAAGGAGUUGAUAGAGAGAAAGCAGAGAGGAGAGCCAAUUGAGGAAAUAGAAAUAGAGAAAAUGAAUAUUAUGCCUGAACGAGCAAUGAUAGAUGUCGUGGAUGACUCUAUGCAAGACUCUACUCUCAACACUACAGCCCCCACCAGUCCUACUUCUGAUCAAGAAGCAUCCAGUGCUACGGUGCUGAAGGUGGAAACAAAACAGGCGCCAAGAGCAAGCAAAGCACAAUCUGUCGUCCUGAGCGAUGAUGGAGAAGGGGUUGUUCGCCAAAAGCCAAGUCUUCCCCCUAAACCCAACAUUCCGAAGAAGCCCGCCAUGGGCCCAGGGGUACCUGUCGGCCCCCCUCAGAGGGUCCAGGCAACUAUGAAAACACUGCCAGUGAGAGAUGGCUUCCCUGUAGAAGACCCGCAGCCCUCCUUGCAAACAGAGGGUGGAGUCUGGUAUCAGGGGGAGAUGACAUCUUCCCCUGGUUCAGAUGCCUUGUCUUGCUCUCCCACUGUCCCGGCAGGUGAGGGCCUGUCUACUUCCCGCACCAACUCCCUCACCCGUGGAAUUCAGAAGAUGCUGAAGGCAGCAUCACGGUCCACAGAAGAUGAUGGAGUGAAGGCACGGGAGCCAAGUCCCACACUGGAGCGUUCUAAGUCUGCAUUUUAUAAGAAUGAAGUGGCAACUGAGAAGCGGUCAGCCCUUCAGCGCCGCUCCUUGUCUCUGUCACGUAAAGGUAAGGGCCAGCACCAUUACCAGUCCAUAUAUAUUGGCAAUUUGUUUUACUUGAACUGUUCGCAGAGGACAUUAUAUCUGUUGAGCUGUUUACAGAGUACAUUAUAUCUUAUGGAUUGGAAUGCCAAUAUUUUUCACAUAUACUUGAAAGUUCUCUUCUUAUACUCAUCACUAAGCUUUCACCAUACAGUAGUAAAUUUUUCCUAUAAAUGAAAAAAAUGCCAAAUCAGUCUUGUCCCCUCUUUGCUGGUUAGUUUCAUUUGAAGUUCAAGCAGAUGUGAAAAAUCUUAAUACUUCAGUUGACUAAAGAGUACGAGUAAUGCAUCUUCAUAGUUGCUGUUCUUUA